AUGCCUUCGCUGGACAGGCUGCCAAACGAGGUCCUCUGUAAUAUCGCCGGCUUCUUGGUCAAGAAAUAUGAUAUAGCUAGCUUAUCACGAGCCAACCGACACUGCUACGAUAUCGCCAGCCCGAUUCUCUGGAAACGCGAAGCUCGAUCGGAUAGACCGGGUGCCAUACAUUGGGCUGUCGAAAAGGGAGACGUCAAUAUCUUGCGCCGCGCUCUUGAAGCUGGCGUCGACGCCUCACGGGUGGCCUUCACCCACCGACCCAAACCGCGCAUCGCCGCUAAGCAUAAGUGGUACAACUAUCAUUCGAAUUACUACGACGACCCUGUUUGGAGGGAUCAGGACGAUGACCACUCAGUUGACUUGGACGCAUCAUAUGUCACACACGACAUGUGCGAUUGCUUCGAAACCGGUUGCGACGACGGCAUAUUCAGCGAUUGCAGAUGGGAGCCCAUACAUGUUGCCGCGAGUAAGGGACGGAUCGAUAUGAUCGAGAUUCUCCUCGAUGCGGGUGCUCCUAUUGAUGCCCCUUCGUGGGGCGUGUGCUUGUGUCGUCCACAUCUGCCCAUGGAAGCCUUCACCGAGUCUCCAGCUGUUGAUGAAGGAGAGCUCGAGGAUUUACAUGGGGGGAACUGGACACCCUUACAUGUCGCCAUAUGCCAUAAUCAAAUCGAAACGGCAAAGUUUCUGUUGAAACGUGGAGCGUCGCCGGUCAUUUAUCAGGGAAUAGACUUUGAGCUGGAACCGCUCGCAUGGCGACAGGAUGACACCCCGGUGGACUCGAGCAGAUUCAAACUCACCGCACUACACCACGCUGCGAAAUGGAACAUGAUGGAUCUCAUCGAGUUUCUCAUUGACGAAAAAUACCAAGAAGACAUCGAUGUCGAAGGACCGUUUAUGGGAACACCACUAUUUCAAGCAACAUGGCAUGGACACUGGGACACCGUAGUCCCAUAUCUCCUUGAACAUGGUGCCGAUAUAGAUAAGAGACUCAUUGAAACGGGGUUGACACCCCUCAUGAUGGCAUGUUUCUCACGUCGCUUCGAUGACGCCGCAAGACUCGUUGAUUUGGGUUCAAAUGUCACGACAUUAUCUGUACAUCAAUUCAGUAUUCUUCACCUGAUUCUCGGACCUCGUCACCUCCGGCCAGAAGACUUUUUCGACCCCCUCGGACCUCCUCCGAAGCAACCUAGCAAGGUCUCCGAGGCCGAACUCAUUCAGAAAUUCAUCACUAAGGGUUUCGAUGUCGACGCACGUGAAACUCUUCUUGGAAUGACGCCGUUGAUGGUGGCGAGCGCGAGCUGCAACACAGAUGCAAUGCAGGCACUGCUCGAAGGCGGUGCCAAUGUCAACGCGGUGGACAAUGAAGGUCUGUCUGCGCUUGCGAGGGUCGGUGAAACUGCCGAAGGCUCUGCUAUUCUGGGUUUGUACGAUUCUGCCAAACUGCUGCUUGAUGCAGGAGCAACAUUGGAAGAUUCGAGAGACGAGAUCACUCCACUCAACAUUAUCUGCACACGGCAAUGUGAACCCUACUUCAACCGUGAAUGGGAUAAUCAGCACGCGACUCUAGCCAAGCUUCUCAUUGAGCAUGGUGCUGACCCAAACGAAAAGGGUGUUGCUACCAGCCGUCCAUUCACAGAGGCCAUCAUUCAUGGGAACUUGAACAUCGCUAGAGCGAUCAUUGAGAACGGGGGGCGGCCAGAAAAGGGCGAUCUGGAAAGACUUCUCUCGAUAUUCGUUCACGAACCGUAUGAUGAUGGAAAGACGGAUUUCAUUUUGCACAUCGAUUACGCCAAGUACGGCAUCUCAGGUCCCUCUGAGGGCUUCUUGGUGGAUCUUUUAAAAACAGCUCUGAACAAGCAGCUCUGGACACGAGCCGCCGACCUGAUGAGGUCGGUCCCAACCCCGAGCGUGUUCCGUAAGGGGUUAAUCUACCGGUGCUUGGAGAAGCCUUCUCCGAUUGCUGACGAGCCAUCAAGCCUGAUUCAAGUGCUUCUUGAUCGCGGCCAGGACCCGAAUGAGCUGUUCGAGGGCGAGCCACCGUUGUAUUAUAGUUUCAGAUCCGGGUCUUGUUGGCGGACAACACCUGUUCUUGUAAAUGGGGGCGCCGACAUCCAUAUGCCUACAAAGGCCAUGCCUGAUGGUGCUUUCAUGUAUACCAUAACUCAUGACUAUCAGCCACAGACAUGUCAACUUCUCGCCAAACAUCCGCACGCGUUGCGCGACAAACCAGAGAGGCUACAUCGAGAAUGUUGGUCAUCUCUCAUACGCUGGGAGCCCCAUCCAAGCAGGGUUCUAGUCGGAAGAUCAGAUGAUCGUUUACCAACACUCAACUGGGCAUUUACCAGCCGGCUGCUUUCAGCUGGUCUCCGAACUGAUGUCGCAACGCUUGAUGAUGAAGAUGUCAAAGAACUCGUGAAGCAAGCGAUUCCGAAAACCGAGGUCCUAAAGGUCGAGGGGCGAAAGGUCCUGGAGGCCUUCGACAUAGCCUAUGUGGAACCCUCGGAGAUGGAGAUGCUCACUGCUAACAUUGGAAUCAAGGAUGAUGGCGAGGACGAGGAAGGGGAAGACUUUGAAUUUGGCUCUGUCAGUGAUGAGAUUGACGAUCAUUCAGAUUACUAUGACGUCGAUAGCGAUGGAGUUCCAUUUGAGCUCUUCCCUCCCUACAUAGGCGGAGGGGAUGGGGAUGAAGACGAAGAAGAUGAAAAUGAUGAAGGGGAGCAAGAUGGGGAAGACGAAUGGGGUGAGGGAAACUCGAGUGAUUUUGAUGACUAUGAUGAUGGAGCUCCCAUACCGAUACCAGCCCCUCUGUUGUUUGGGUUUCUGAUGUAA